UAAUGAGUUUGGCUUGGACAGUUUUUUCAAGUGACCGGAUUCAAACAUACAAAGAUCUGUGCGAAGUUAAGCGAAAUGGCUGUUCAGUUGAUAUUAGUGCGCGGACUUAGGUGCCACUUUCAAGAAUAUUUCGCUCGAGAAUGUUUCCAAAAUUGAUCAGAAUGAAGUACAUGCCACUAUUUCUAUUUCAAAUAGUGCUGAUGAUGCUCUUCUUUGUAUUCACAACUUAUGGAGGAGAUACAAACCAUGAUCAACGAGGCUAUGAAGACACUCACGUCAUGAUCUUCAUCGGCUUCGGUUUCUUAAUGACCUUCCUGAAGAAGUACUGCUACAGCGCGUUGGGAUUCAACUGGUUCCUGGCCGCGCUUGUGGUGCAAUGGGCACUCCUCAAUCAGUCCUUCUAUUCCAUGAAGAACAAUACUAUUGAGAUAACAAAGAAGCACUUGCUUGAGGCGGACAUAAUGUCUGCAACAGUUUUAAUUACUUUCGGCGCAUUGCUCGGAUACGCGAGCGGUCUACAGCUGCUCUUCAUCGCAAUCAUUGAAACAGUCGUUGGUUGCUUCAAUUUCUGGCUUGUCGAACAUAUAUUUAAGGCUGCUGAUGUUGGUGGUUCGAUAGCUAUCCACGCGUUUGGUGCAUACUUUGGUCUGGGUGCUAGUCUGGCACUCAAUUUUAAGAAGAAAACUGUUCCGAGCGAAGGUGCACCGACCGUUAAUUUGAAUGGAGCAAGUUACGUCUCUGACGUCACUGCGAUGAUUGGCUCCAUUUUCCUGUGGAUCUACUGGCCAUCAUUUAAUUCUGCGCUCACGAAUUCCAACAUGGCGUAUCAAAGGGCUGUCAUCAACACUUACCUUUCUUUGGCUGCAGCUACUGUUACCACGUUCGCGUGGUCGGCAGCAUUUUGCAAAGAAAAAGGGAAGUUUGACAUGGUGCAUAUUCAGAACUCGACAUUGGCGGGUGGAGUGGCCGUGGGUUCUGUGUGCAACAUGUUCAUUGGUCCUGGUGGCGCCAUUGCUAUUGGUAUUGGCUCCGGCAUUAUCAGCGUGCUGGGAUACACGUAUGUUACGCCAGCCUUAGAAAAGAUUGGAAUCAGAGAUACGUGUGGAGUGAACAAUCUUCACGGUAUGCCCGCAGUUUUCUCGGGAAUAUUAAGUGCCGGCGUUGCCGCUUCAGCAACAUUGCAAGUUUACGGCACCGAUUUACAUGGAAUCUUCGAAGCAAUAGCUGCGGAUGGCAGUGGUAGAACAGCAGGAGAACAAGGACUCUAUCAAUUCCUGGCUUUGGUUUCAACAAUAGUAGUGUCAAGUGUGGGUGGUGUUAUUACAGGCUUUAUUGUGAGAGCUCCAUUCUUCGGUCAAUUAAAACAAAACGAAGAAUACGACGACGAGCCUAACUGGGAGUUACCAGGAGCGCAUUAGAUCAUAGUAAAUAAUUGUUUAUUAAGGUUCAGAUCGACUGGCGAGCGAUUAUAAGCUGUUUAUUAUAAUUGUUGAACUUGCAACUUGUGAAACAUCUUUGUACGGUAAUAAAUUAUUAUUGCAAUCAGGAUUUCAAAGGAAAUAAUUUUAAUAUAGUUUCCAUUUCAUUCAUAUUUUUAUUGAAUGCAUAAUAGGAUUUUACAUUAUAAAUUGGUUUGAUUUUGAACCUACAGUAACAAAUUGUCCAUAAAUAUUAGUACAAAUGAAAAUUGUACAGAAAACAAAUAAUAACCUAUUAUUUUGUGAAAUAUUUCACAAUACAAAAUAUUGUUGCGUGACUCGCCCGCUCGUCGAUCAGGGCUUUAAGACACAUCGCGUAUGCCAUACUCUAAAUAAUUACUUCUAGCGUGUAAGUUGUUUUCAUAUUUAAUAUUUAUUUAAGAAAUUACUAAUAAUUGGAUAUUAUUCAAUAUUAUUUCAUUUAGAUGGAGCCAUUUAAUUCCGCCAAAAAAUUUUGUUAUCAGUUAUUAAGUAAGGCCUUUCUUCUGUAAUGUAUCCUUCAACCCAAUAUCUGAAACUAUAAGCACUUUCAAUUACCUUAUUUAUAAUUACUAAACCUCAGAUAAACCUGUAGGUAGGUAAGAAACUAAUAGCGCACAUAUAAUAUUUAAAUCAUCAAAUAUGUACAUAGGAAAUCAGACCUUAUUAUAUUAACCAAUGUAUUAAAUGAGAAACCUUUUUAGAGUGGUGUGAUAGCUCAUUAGCACUAUAUUUCAUUACCACAGAUAAUUAAAUGUAUUUUAAUUGAUUAAUAUAGUAUAUUUUAUUACUUUUUAUCUGUUUUUGUGUUAAUAUACGAAGAAAAAUCUGCUCCAAGUCUAUAAAUGUGAGCGACUGCAUUAUUAUUCCUUCUUACUCUGUGUACAUAUAUUUCGUACUAGUAAAUAUUUCCUUGUACCUAUUAUAGUUAUAUAACUACUAUUUGACGUUUGAGUUUGUUUGUUGCAUCCCUUUACAUAUUAUAUUGUAAUUGAAAUGAUUUGUAAAUCGAAGAAAAUGUAAAUCAUGAUAUAAAAGUGUAUCAAUGAGUUUCUUGCUACUUCUUUUCAUUAGCUCAACCCUUUACGAAGUAGCGUUAGAUACAAUAAGAUAUUUUUUGACAUUCAUAAGUGUCAUUUCCGUGACCUACAUGAAUAAAGUGAUUUUGAUUUGAUUUAACUCAUUCGAUAACAAUAACCGAAAUUGAUCAUAUUAUGAAAUUGUAACGUGCGUCAUUUGGGUUGUUCCUAUCUGAUUCCGCAUCGUUUACAUUAUUUCGACUGCAUUAGUCAAAUUGUUUUGUUAACAAAACAAUGCGUAAUCCAUUGAAAGUUAUUUAAGUGUAUGAUAAUAUUAUCAUAAUCUACUUUACUUAAAAUCAUAUUGUAUUAUUUUGGUAUAAUAGUAGGUAUAUUUUGGAUGAAAUAGAAUAGAGUUAUUAUCGAUUUAACUUGAAUUUCCACCGACUUCUAAAUAUAAAAAGUUCUUAAAUCCGUCAGAAUUUUAUUUUUGUGUUAAUGUUACGCAAUUUUUCUCGCAAACUUCAAAAAUUUUUGUAUUUGGUAAGUAAUAAAUUUGUGUUUGAAUAUUUCUCCAAUGAAUGUUAAAAUGGGGAAUGAAAUUUCGAAUAUUUGAAUAUGUCAGCCCGUUGAUAUACAGUUACCUUGUUUUUAGUAAAUUAUAUUUGAUGUUGGUUUCGUAGGUUAUUUUGUUAAAAUGGCUUUAAUGUUAACAAUAAGAAAGAACGACAAUUACCUAAACGCCAUUUCUAGCAAGCCAGAGCUAUUUUCGUUGUGUUACACUUGAUUGUGAGCAGUGGUUUACAUAUCAGUUUUACAGCUUCCCCAAAGGUUUCUUUUACAAUUUUCAAAUGGCUUUCAAAUUUGAUGGAUUAGUAUUUUCAUAUUUACUGACCAUUCCUACUGUUACGUAUACGAUCAUUCAAAUAUGAAACGUUUUCAUCUUAAUGAUUAUAUUAAGUUAAUAAUAUUAUUGUUAUUAUAUAUAGUUUUGUUAUUUUUAUGAAAUUAGAAAGCGAUAAUAUAUUUUAGUUAGCUCUCUAGGAAUAGUAUUACUUAAAGCAGUAUAAUAAUACUUCAUUAUAUUUUCA